AUGCAGAACGAACUGGGCCUCACCGCUUCCUCCGACACCUUAUUAGUUGACAGCUUUCAUGCUCAGGCCGUGAGGAGUGCCUACUCGACACCUGACCAAUAUGUGAAUGAUAAACACGAGGCUUGGCUUCGGAAUCAGGCACAGGACCUUGCGACGGGGAUGAGAAAGUGCUUGGCAACAGUGGCAAAUGUCAGUGGUUACCACUGGGUAGGGCUUGUGGUUGAUUUUCGACAACAGAAAUUCUAUUAUGGAUGUUCGUUAGGGCGGAAGAUGAAUCAGGUUUUGAAGGAUACGUACAGCUGGUGGGUAUAUCAGCAUAUGAGCAGGAUAUUCAAAUGGGAGACAAUGAAGAGCACGGUACAGCGUGACGGAUUCUCUUGCGGAAUUCUUGCUGUCAAUGCUCUUGGACAUCAUCUCAAUCCGGCCAAAUAUCCAUUACUUGAUGCCAAGAAGGUUGCCGAUGAACGAUUGAAUAUUCUGUUGAGGGUGAUUGAGCGGCAUCAGGCAAAGGACUUCCACAAUGAAUCAUUGGAGUGUCAGUUCCCGUUUAGAUUCCCAUCUGAAUCUUCACCACUGAACGAGAAUAUUGACAACAACAACAAGCCGAGUUGUGAUGACCAAGAUCUUCCAGAAUUUCCGUUCUCCGUCUUGCCAAACUCACCACCACAAUCCAGCAAUCCACUAGUUCACUACUCAUCUGAAUCUGAAUCCAACAAUGAUGGCAACGGAUCCAUCACUGGUGACGAGGCUUGUAAAAGGAAGGUUGUCGACACCGAGUCCAAUCUUGACCAAUCUCCAAAAAGAUCAAAGGCUGAGGGACUGCUCCGUUACUUCAAAAGAGAGACGAAGGAGGAACAUGAGGACCGUUUGAAGCGCGAGGCUGAAGCUGACAAUGAGCGAUUUGAGGCUGCGAUGAUGAAAGCAGAGCGCUGGAAAAUGAGGAUGGAAGAGGAAAAGCGAGAACAGAAUCGACUGCGGAAGCAGAAAAGUCGAGCACGAAAACGAAAACAAGAGAUUGUCCAGGGUAUAAGAGAUGAGGAUGGUCAGCUGCCCAAGAGACAAAAAACCAUGGACCUUCAUGAUAUUACAGAGGCAUUUGACGUUGCGGAAGAGUCACGACCAGCGUGGGCCAUUGCCGAGAAGAUAAAAUCGAAAACGAGGAAGGCUGCUGGUCGUAAACUAUUGGAGAACCCGGUUCACGAAAAGCGCCCUGCAAGAUAUGUGAAUUGGUUGACACCAUUCUGUUGGACCCAGAUCAAGACUGUGGCGAAAAAGACAGGGAUGAGUCCUACUGAGAUCGUGUGA